UAAUUCCCAAAACCUAAUACUUCUUCUCUUUAGGUAAAACUCUGCGUUCCGAUUUGCCGCCUCUUCCUCCGCCGUCGCCUGGACUCACUUUCAGCCUGCAGACUAUUCCUCCGGCAGCAACAUGGGUCGCGUUCGAACCAAAACAGUGAAAAAAUCUUCCCGUCAAGUUAUUGAGCGUUACUACUCGCGCAUGACCCUAGACUUCCAUACGAACAAGAAGAUCCUCGAAGAAGUCGCCAUUAUUCCCUCUAAGAGGCUACGAAAUAAGAUCGCCGGAUUCUCCACUCACCUAAUGAAGCGGAUCCAGAAGGGACCUGUUCGCGGCAUCUCUCUGAAACUUCAAGAGGAAGAGCGCGAGCGCCGUAUGGACUUCGUCCCCGACAUCUCCGCCGUUAAAACCGAUCAAAUCGAGGUCGACAAGGAGACUCUCGAUAUGCUUUCUGCGCUGGGAAUGAACGAUAUUCCUGGGCUUGUCCAGGUCGAUCCGACUGUUCCGCAGCAGGUUGGAUUUGGAUUGGGAGGUCGCGGUAGGAGGUACUGAGAUUAUCGGCUAGGGUUUUGUUUUUUUUCCCCCUUUUCUUCUGAUUUUCUGUUGGGAUUCGAUACAAUUUUGUGAUUUAGUUUUGUUUAUGAGCAUUGUUACUUUCUGCGAAGCUAAAGAAUAUGAAAUUUCGAGUAACAUUCUUUAAUUGACAGAUUUGGUUUCAAAGAUUUUUUGAGCA